UGGUCGUCCUGAGGGCCGCGAGCUCUUUGAAUGGCUGGGCCGAAGCGAAGCCCCGCCCCCCGGUUGUACCGGGACGAGAAGAUGGCGGCGGCCGCAGCGGCGGCGGCGGACGAAGCAGAGCGCUCCCGGGGCCGCCGGGCCGCGCUGUGCUUCGCCGCCAUCGCCGUGCUGCUGGGGCUGCCGCUCUGGUGGAGGACGACCGAGACGUACCGGGCCGCGCUGCCCUACGCGGGGAUCGCAGCCCUGGGGCGGCUGCCGUUCCAGCUCUCCGUCCCCAUCUCCGUGGUCUUCGCCCCGGGCUCGGUGCCCACGGACCUGCCGAGGCAGCUGCCGUACCGGGACGUGCGGGAGGAGCCGGUUCCCGUCGGCUCAAGAACCGAUGUGGCGGCCCGCUACGAGGAGGUGUACCGCAGCACCACGGCGCGGGAGGCGGCGGCGCUGGGUGCAGCUACCGCAAGAGAGGCCGAUGCUGCUCUGCACGCGCUGCAGGACGCCUCGCCGGGCUCUCUGACCGUGUACGUGGUCCCUGAAAGCUCCUCUCUGCUGCCUCAGGGCACCAACGUCUACGUGGGGAAGCACCGCAGCGCCCUGGUGAGGGCCGGGCAGGGUCUGGCCACCCUCCGUGCCCGCCUGCAGCAGCUCACGCAGGUCAUGUCCUUCACGGCCAGCUCCAUCGCUGCCGCCCUCGCGGACCGCGUCCCCGACGGCCAGCUCGGCCCCGACGCCCGGCGGCACUUGAAAUCCAGCCUGGGGUACGAGAUCACCUUCAGCCUGCUGAACCCUGACCCCAAGUCCCACGACGUGGACUGGGACAUCGAGGGUGCCGUCAACCGCUACGUGCAGCCCGUCCUGGACAAGCUGAGCGUGGUGGCCAACUUCUCAGUUGACUCGCAGAUCCUGUACUACGCCGUCCUCGGGGUGACGCCACGCUUUGACAAGGAGUCCUCCAGUUUCCUCCUGAGUGCUCACAGCCUCCCGCACGUCAUCAACCCCGUGGAGGCCCGGCUGGGCUCCAGCGCUGCCUCGCUCUACCCGGUGUUGAACUUCUUGCUGUACGUGCCGGAGCGCUCCCACUCCCCGCUCUACAUCCAGGACAAGGACGGAGCCCCAGUGGCCACCAAUGCCUUCCACAGUCCCCGCUGGGGUGGCAUCAUGAUUUACAACAUUGAAGCCCCUGCUUCCCCCCAAGCCUCCCUCCCGCUGCACGUGGACGUGGACAUGGUGCGAGUGAUGGAGGUUUUCCUGGCCCAGCUCCGGUUACUGUUUGGGAUAUCUCGGGAGGAGCUGCCCCCCGAGUUCCAGGUAGAGAGCCCAGGAAACGAGGGGCUGGCCGACUGGGAGCUGGACCGCCUGCUUUGGGCCCACAUGGUGGAGAACAUCGCCACCGUAGCCACCACCUUGACCUCGCUGGCCCAGCUGCUGGAUCAGAUCAGUAACAUCGUUAUCAAAGACGACGUCGCCUCUGAGGUAUACCGCGCGGUGGCCUCGGUGCAGGACGCCAUGGCAGAGCUGGCUGAGGGCCGCCUGCGCUCCGCUUUCCAGGCCAGCAAGGAAGCCGUCACCUCCUCGGAGCGGGCCUUCUUUGACCCAUCCCUCCUCCAUCUCCUCUACUUCCCCGACGACCAGAAGUUUGCCAUCUACAUCCCGCUCUUCUUACCCAUGGCCGUUCCCAUCCUCCUCUCCCUGGCCAAGAUACUGCGGGAGGCCAGGCAGCGCAGGAAGGAGCCCACCAAAAUGGACUGAGCCCGACCCCGCGGUGCCCUGCCUCGGGGCUGGGGCUGUCCCUACCUCGUGGAGCGCGCUGGUGUCGCCCCGUGGUGCGCGCAGGCGCUCAGGACUGCGUCAGAGCUGGGCCUUGGACCAGCAGGAGGGUUGGCCCAGAUGCAGGAGUGGGAAGAAUGAUGGCUUUUGGGGUGGGAGAUGCUCUGGGUCAGGGUCCUGUGCCCUCCUCUCGAAGAUGCUGCUUGUACCCCUCUUCCUGGGGGUGGGGGGGGGAGAGAGGGGGCUCCCUGCAUGCACCCCCUGGUCCUGCGCUGUGUUCAGAACGAGCUGAUGUACAAAUAAAGAACCCCCCUGGCAUGCAGGGGGCUGGCGUGGG